ACGAUUGCCAGGGAACAUUCUUGUUCUUAGAGAAAUCCUUGUUGUCGACGCCGCUAUAUACGGUCUCGCUUAACUCGCUCUUCUCUUGUCCUGUACACCGCCACCGCAUGUCCGCAUUCUUCUUCCCCGAUUUCUUCUUGGCGCUGCCAGGCUCGUUCUUGUCCUGUGCGGCGGCAGCUUUCGCGUGCUUCCCGCAGCACUCGGAGUCCAGCCACCGCGGCGCCGAGCUCCUCGGUAUCAUCCGGGACAGAGCAGCGCACAGGAGAGGACGUUGUUGCGCAGCGCGAAAGAGAGGUGUUGCCAGAGAAGAGAAGCAAUCCUAGGCUCAAAACGGCUGCAGCCCUUCGAUGUUGCUCGGACGGUGGAUGUUGCAUAGUUACGGCGAAACCUGAAGGCGAGCGAGUCACCGAACCUGCGUCCCACCGCAUUUUCUUCUCCCGUUUAACCCCCCGCGUCAGGCGUCGCCGCGAGCUCUCUCUCCCGGCAGCUGGGCAACCGCCGCCGCCCAACUCGAGGUGCCCAGGUCUUCGCCAGCGGCGAGCAUCCACCAGGCCUGUGUGCUGGUCUCCGCGGGUGUCGUUGCAGGACAAGAUGGUUUCCUUCGAGAUGAAUGACCUCAAGAAGAUUGGGCUUGGCCUGACAGGCUUUGGAAUAUUCUUCUCCUUUCUGGGAAUCGUUUUCUUCUUUGACAAGGGGCUCAUCGCAAUGGGCAAUAUUCUUUUCCUGUCAGGUUUGGGUUUGACAAUUGGUCUGAAAUCAACUAUGCAGUUCUUCACCAAGCCAAAGAAUUACAAGGGUACUAUCUCAUUUGGUGCUGGCUUUUUUCUGGUUCUCAUUGGGUGGCCGUUUUUUGGCAUGCUCUUAGAGGCAUAUGGCUUUAUUGUACUCUUCAGUGGGUUUUGGCCAACACUUGCUGUGUUCUUGCAGAGGAUUCCUAUCAUUGGCUGGAUUUUUCAACAACCAUUUGUGACAUCGUUCCUUGACCGCUACAGAGGAAAACGUGUUCCGGUCUAGCAACCUUUUGCUCUAUAUAUGCUUACUUGCGGUGUAGCAACUAGCAACCUGUGUUUUUUUACGACAGUAGCAAACUGGUUAUACCGGUGUCUGAUCUUUCAUGUUUAUAUAUGUUAUGUUUAGUUCCCAAUAGGAUUGUUCCUUGUAAAUUACAGCCCCAAACUGGCCAAACCAAAGCUCCAUUCCUUUGAGACCAGGAUGAAGGCUCACCCAUGAAUUGGAUCUGUUGAUGAAACUCUUCAGCUUGUCGAGAGCAUUGUCUCUUAAAGAAAAAGUUAUUGUUCUUUUAUA